AUGGCAGACCAGCCUCCAGUUCCCCCGUCCGACGGCGGGGUUCCUGCUCCAGCGGAAGUCCUCAAGAAGCGACUUAUUCUCUCCUCCGACUCGACCCCCUCAACUCACCGACCGGACCCCUCCGAACGAAGCGAGUCAUCUCUCCCACCACACCUGCGAGACUCCGUCAACAACGUCCCAGUGACCCCCGGCUUCGAGCGCGGAACCUAUAAGAGUGGUUCGAGCGAAGACGAGGGUCGCGAAGGAAGCAAGAGCCCCCAGAGCUACUUCCAGCCGCAGAACCGCGAGGUGGUUGCUUCGCCUGACCCACUCGACGACAACGUCGCGGCGCAGUCGCCCAGCGAGGCUGCCAAGGGAGCAAUCACAGGUGCCGAUAUUCUACGUCGCAUGAGCUUGUCAGCAAUGAGUCGGAGACGGGAAUCGCUGAGCGACAUUCGGGCUGGGGCACCGGCCCUGGCUUUGAGUGGCAAUAUCAUCUCGGCCACGUUCAACAUUCCCCAUUCGUUGAAGUACAAGAAGGGUACUGACUGGGAGCUGAAAACUCGCCGUGGACAAUCUGCCCUGUUUGAUUCGUUCGUGUUCCUCUCGUCCGACCAAGCGCCUUGGAACCACACAGUUGUAGCCUGGACAGGCGAGAUAGAAGAAACGCCAGCUGAUAUAUUCUCCUCGCCCGGCACACCUCCUGCCACAACCGCACACCUGCCAUCCCUGAAUUCCCUGUCUGCGCCGGUUCCAAUUGACGGCGAAAAGCCUCUCCCUACACCACCAAUUGCAGAUGGACUAUGGAUUCCUAAGGAAGAUAUGGCCAGACUGGAAAACCAACUUGCGCAUGACAAGAAAAUCAAAACGGUGCCUGUGUGGCUUGCGGAUGAUACAGACGGCCCAGGCGAGGGGAUACGGCUGAAGGACCAAACGAGAUGGCGACGCUAUGCAGAGCACGAGCUGUAUACCCUGUUCCACUACAAACAACACGAGCCGACCGACGGCAGGAAAGAGCGCAUACAAUGGGCGGACUACUAUCGUCUAAAUCAGAAGUUCGCCAACCGCAUUCUCGAGAUCUACAAGCCUGGCGACGUCGUUGUCGUCCACGACUACUACCUUAUGCUGCUUCCCAGCAUGCUGCGACAGCGGGCUCCGCACAUGUAUAUCAGCUUCUUCCUGCACUGCCCAUUCCCCUCAAGCGAGUUCCUGAGGUGUCUUCCACGAAGAAAAGAAGUUCUGGAGGGCGUCCUCGGGGCGAAUUUGAUCGGCUUCCAGAGCUAUAGCUACAGCAGACACUUCAGCUCCUGCUGUACGCGUGUGCUAAAGUUCCCCUCCGACGCAGGCGGUGUCGAUGCCUAUGGCACGCGAGUACAGGUUGGUGUUUUCCCAAUCGGUAUCGAUGCCACGAAGGUCGAGACGGUUGCCUUCUCGGACACUGUCAACGAGAAAUACCUUGCGCUGAGGAAGCUGUACCAUGGCAAGAAGAUCAUCGUUGGCCGUGAUCGGUUGGAUAGUGUGCGUGGAGUGGCACAAAAGCUGAUGGCAUUUGAGCGCUUUCUCGAGAUGUACCCUAACUGGCGGGAGAAGGUCGUCCUAAUCCAGGUUACGAGCCCCACCUCCAUCGAGGAGGAGAAGGAGGACCCCGAAAACAAGAUCGCCAGCAGGGUCAACGAGUUAGUCAUGAAGAUCAAUGGCCAAUACGGCAAUCUGGGCUUCAACCCUGUACAGCACUAUCCGCAAUACCUGUCUCAGGACGAGUACUUCGCGCUGCUGCGAGCGGCUGAUAUCGGCUUGAUCACGUCGGUAAGAGACGGAAUGAAUACUACGAGUCUGGAAUAUGUUGUCUGCCAGCGCGAGACCCACGGCCCCCUGAUUCUGUCCGAAUUCUCCGGUACUGCAGGAUCGUUGAAAGACGCCAUACACAUCAACCCCUGGGACCUGUCGGGCGUUGGUGAUCAGAUUAACAAUGCACUCACCAUGUCAGCCGAGCGAAGACAGGCUAUGCAACAGUCCCUCUACACACAUGUCACCACCCGCACGGUACAGAGCUGGAUCAGCCAAUUCCUGCGCCGGCUUGUCUCCGUGCUGGCUAGCUCCAAUAACACCGUCUCGACACCACUUCUAGACCGGUCCGUUAUGCUGAGAACCUACCGCAACGGCAAGAAACGUCUGUUCAUGUUCGAUUACGACGGCACACUGACACCAAUCGUGCGUGAGCCGAGCGCCGCCAUUCCUAGCGAGCGCGUUAUCACCACGCUCAAGGCGCUGGCGGCCGAUCACCGCAAUGCCGUCUGGAUCAUCUCCGGGCGUGACCAGGAAUUCCUCCAACAGCAUUUGGGCCACAUCAGCGAGCUGGGCUUCAGCGCAGAACACGGGAGCUUUAUGAGACAUCCCGGUGAGACGGAGUGGGAAAACUUGGCUGAGAAGUUUGACAUGGGCUGGCAAUCUGAGGUCAUGCAAGUCUUCCAGAGCUUUACCGACAAGGUUCCAGGCUCUUUCAUUGAGCGCAAGCGUUGUGCCUUGACAUGGCAUUAUCGCCUUGCUGACCCAGAGCAAGGUCUCCAUAUGGCUCGCGAAUGCCAAAAGGAGCUCGAGUCUACGGUUGCUCGUAAGUGGGAUGUCGAUGUCAUGACUGGCAAGGCCAACCUCGAGGUCCGCCCCACAUUCAUCAAUAAGGGCGAGAUCGCAAAGCGCCUCGUCACUUCAUAUAACACCGACAUGUCUCACGUCCCCGGGAGCCCUACCGCACCACCGCCGGGUGGAGAGGUGGACUUCGAAUCCGCCGGGUCAUCCAAUAAGGUUGAAUUUGUCCUCUGCAUGGGCGACGACUUCACCGACGAGGACAUGUUCCGCGCGCUUAACGGGCUGUCCGCGCCGCCGACGAGCGAGGACGAGGUGGAGCAGGUCAAGGCCGAGCAUGUCUUCACCGUUACGGUCGGGGCUAGCACCAAGGUCACGCUGGCGAGAUGGCAUCUGCUCGAGCCGGAGGAUGUGGUGGAGUGUGUCGCGCUCCUCGCGGGCGUUGGUGGCGGAGGCGGAGGCGCUGCCAGCGGCGGGGUCCUGAGCAUGGGCGAGAACAACCUCGCGGCGCUGAGUGCCGUGGAGGAUCACAUCCCUGAUAACUGA